CUAGUGUGGAUACACUCUAGUGCUGUAUCCACUAUCUUUUGUGGGUUUUACGUGUAAACACUUUUUGAGCUGCCUGUGACACUAUAAAAGUCCGCAGAGGUGGUGUGGGCAGUGCAUCAGAGAAAUGCAAGUUCCAAUGAAGUCCAUUUGGUUUCUAGUGCUUCUUGUUGUUGUAGGAAUUGCUGCCAUUGAUGAGGUUUACGGGGCUGGUGAAUGUGGGAAAUCCUCCCCUGACAUGGAAGCAUUUAAACUCGCUCCAUGUGUAUCAGCCGCACAAGAUGCGAGUGCUCAAGUUUCUGAUAGAUGCUGCAGUCAGGUGAAAAAGAUUGGUAAGAACCCAAAAUGCCUUUGUGCUACUAUGCUUUCCAACACAGCUAAAAGUUCCGGGGCUAAACCAGAGAUUGCAGUGACCAUCCCCAAACGUUGCAAUAUAGCUGAUCGUCCAGUGGGAUACAAGUGUGGAGACUAUACAUUGCCUUGAAUACUGAAGCUCCCAUGUCAUGGCGUCUGUGUGAAAUAGUUGCUCUUAGUACUAGCGUGCUGAGAUUGUCUUUGUAGCUGCAGCAUCUAGCUGAGCAGAUUACUGUGAUGUCUAGGCACACGAAUAACAAAAUAAAUAAAUGAAUAGUGUUUGAUC